AUGUCAAUCCAAAGUCCUCAAUCAAGAAUGGAUGACCAACGAAUCAAUAUGAUUUUCCGAAACAGAAGACUAACAUUGCAUUUUCAUCCAGAACGGCAUCAUGCAAUAUUCAACGAUGAAUUGAUCAACUUUUGGGCCAACUACAUGUCAACAAUUACGAAUCCUUCACUUAGACAGUGAGUAGAUUUUUGAAAUUGUUUUGGGGUGACAGAUAGGUAUAAUCUUAGAUUUCUAAUCGCAUAAUUGUGGCACCUGCUUUUCGAAAAAGGUGUUCUUAUUAAUUAAAUAUAUCCGACUGGGAUUAAAUGGAAAUGGAAAUGGAAAUGGAAAAGAAAAAUAAAAUUAUAUAUAAUUUCAGAUUUAUCCACCAUUGCAGAUGUGAAACAAGAGCAACUCCAGAAAAUAUACAAAGGGUAAGAAAUUCGAAACAAAUGCAAAAUGUGCAAAUUUUCGCAAACAUUUUUAAUUUCAAAUUUAUUAGUCUGGCUUGUUUUAGAAAUAAAAAUCGUGUCAGAAUUUAUCUAAUUUCAAAUUUGAACAAUACCGAAGUUCAGAGAACUAAAAAACCAAUACUUUCCAACAAAAAAUUUAAGUUUUCACUAAAAUAUGUCAAUAACAACAAAAUUUCUCGCUUUAAUUUUUUUUUGCAUUUUUAAAGGGUCGACUCCACAUGAAUCUUUUCGACAAUGGUUCCCAUCGAUUCAUUGACAGGCAUCCGAUCAUGCUUAUCCCAUUCCGAACCACCGAGAAUUGGUCGCUUGGUGUUAUUGUAAAUCCACAAAACGUCUGCAUUAGAAACGAGAAAUGCAAACUAAUUCUGUUCACAACAAAUCGUGAAGAGAGUGUUGGUUAUCUGGAUGUCAUCAGAACCUUUUUGCUCAAAGCUCACAGAAUAAGAAAUCGAAUGACAUAUCCAGAAAACAUGUGAGUGACAAUAAUCUAUUCUAAUUAUCCAUAAGAUUCCCAUUUUCAGCGUCGAAUUUGUUAUGCAAAAACCCAAAGUGCAAGUGUUCGAUUCAGCAUUCUAUGUGAUGGCAAUGAUUGAAUUGAUCUACAAACAACCACGUAAAUUUGAGGUAAUUCUUCAUUACAUCGUUGAAUCUGAAAAUAUGUUGAAUUCGAUAAGUUAACAUGCCUGUACUUAUCUUGUUCAAUGAUUUUUUUCAGAGAAAGACGUUAGUUCUCAAACAUUAUACUCGAUAUGCUGAAUUACACUCCGUCAUUCAGCAACUCACAAAGUCGAGCAUGAGAUAUGUAUUUCGCAGUGCUCUUCUACAAUUUGAGAGAACUGUGAGUUUCCAUUUCAUAGAUACGAAAAAUUGCAUUUUCUUCUAGAUAAACACAACUGGGGCAAUUCCAAACCGCCCUGUGACUCUUCUCUUGGAUAUAAUCAAUGAUUGA